GGCAAGUAUUGGUAUAUGGCAUUGUAUGGUAUCAUACAAUCGAUAUUGCGUGAGGGGAGGAUGAAUUGACUGUAUACCUAAUGACUAGCCUCUUCAUAUAGUUUAUUGUUGCUUUUGCUAUAGGCUCUCCUCGUUUUCCGCUUCGACACCUUUCAAAUAUUACCCACAAACAAUCGGGAGUCACUUGGCUUCGCCAGGAAAUUCAUAUGUUUCUAUGUCACAUUACUCAAGCCAAUAGCAAAGUACAUCUACUGAAUAAAUACAACCUCUCCCGCGUCCUGCAGUACUCAGAUUAACAUGUACUGUGACUGUGACCUUGAUAUGCUCGCCUUGGCGGUUCUCUCCGAUACGGCAGUGAAAAAUGCUGUGAUUCACGUGAAAGACCGGAGUGAUGACAUCAGCAGAAACGAAAGGCUCACCACAGGGGCUUCAUUGAGCGUUGCAAAGACCUUGAAUCGCAAACUACCCCACUCUUCAGUUCCAAAUGUCAGCCGCCAUUCGUCAACAUGCUGUCCGUGGCCUCAUGAGAGCAAGACCCAUGACCAUUUCUAGAAUUCACACCACUGCCGCGGUUUCCCAGGUUGGCACAACUCACGCCCCUGAUCGUGUACACGGUUCUUAUCAUUGGGAUGUUGAGCGUGCUGCUUCAGCUGCCCUCGUACCUCUCAUGGCUGCUCAGCUGGCUGUUGGAGCUAACCCCGUCACCGAUGUCUUACUUGGUGUCGUUCUUCCAGUUCAUCUUCACAUCGGUUUCGACGCAUGCAUAACUGAUUAUUAUCCCAAACACAAAUCCCCCGUCAUGAACAGACUCAUGACAUACACUUUGACUACCGCUACUGCUGGUAUUCUCAUCGGAUGCUUUCAGUUCAAUAUGCAUGAUGUUGGUAUCACAGAGUUUAUCGCUCGCAGUUGGACCGCUUAGUGGUUGAUCCUCGGUACACCAAAAAUAAUAAAAAUAAAAAAGAUCAUCUCAACGAUUUCAUGGACCCGUUUUUAAUUCUUAGCUUAAACUCGCCACCCUCAGGUGAUCAUUGGCUUUCCCGUAGAGGCGUCAUUUGAAUGAUGGGCCAUGCCGAUUUUUGUGAAUUUGUAUCUUUUUGCUAUCUGUGGCAAGGAAAAUGGUUGCUUCUAUUAUGUUUAUCCACUUGUAGGCAUCAGUAAUAGCUUUCCAGUUGGUUUUUUUUUUUUUCCAUUUCAUCUUAAUGCCAUGUGGAGCAGGAACUCUUAUCUAUGUGAUAUUAUUGUAGUGCGCACCGAACAU